AUGGAGAAACUCAACACGGAAGAUGGACACCUCUUCAUCAAGAAUCUCGCCAGUUUUGUGCGAACCCAUGAAAAGGCUCUCGCCAACGCCCUCCAGCUGAGGCGCCAGCCGCCCAAAAAUGCCGCCGCCCACCCCCCCAGCGCCUCCUCGGCCUCGUCGACGCUGGCUGCUGCCCUCUCCUUGGGCGCUCUUAAGCUUACCUCUCAGGCCAUCAAGCCCGCCAAACUCACCCUCACUCCGCACCACCUCUUCUACCUGCUCUCCCGCUUCGAGGAUCUCACCAUCUCCGUCGGCCCCAUGAACGUCCGCCUGGAGAACAUCCACGCCGAGACUCUCCCCUCCUAUGUCUCCUUCCUCAACCAGCCCCGCCGCGCCCGGGGCGACCGCGAAUCCAUCCAUUCCGUCUCCAGCAUCCGGAGCGUCAUGUCCGGCAUCUCCUCUCUCUGGUCCUCCUUCGGCCUCGGCUCCAAGGACGCCGCCGCCCAGUCUCGCUCCGAGCGCGCCAGGGCCGCCCUCGACGCCGACCUCAAAUAUCUCUACUCCGCCUUCACCAAGAUCCCCUGUCUGCGGCUUGCCCCGGACCACCGUGCCCGUCUGAUCCGUGGCUACGAGGAAUUUCCCUUCGACACCGCCGUGCCCCUCCACGCCUUCAAGAACCUGAGCGCCCUCGAGAUCAUCGACAUUGACUUCCGCUCCUUCUACGGCUGGGACCGUCUCGCCGAGCAGCUACGUACCCUCACCAUCAAGCGCGCCAGCCUCGAUGAUCCUGCCGACCUCCUCACCGGCAUCGUCCUCGACGACAUGGAUCGCCGCCGUCGUCGAUCCUCCUCCAAGCCUGCCACCCCGGUUCUGGGGUGGACAAGUACCACCUCGGUUCCUCCUCCCCCUCCUGCUCCUCCCCAGCCCCAACCGGUUGGCCAUCGGUCUCCUCCGCGCGACCGCAUCCCCAACUCCCUCUCCGCUCCAGGUUCCCCCACUCUCGAUCAUCAACAUCAUCGACACCACCAGUCGAUGUCCUACGCCUCCAGCGCCAGUCCUCAGGCUAGCUCCAUGAUCCGUGUCCACUCGGAGGGAAGCAAAACCGCCAAUGACGGGAGCAGCUCACCUUCCCGCCCUAACAGCGCGAAACAGCAGUCGGGCGGUGGCGGCGGUGGCGGCGGCAGCGGCAGUAGUCACCAUCAACACCACCAACACCACCACCACCACCACCAUCAGCAUCACCGCUCCUCUCACGGCCGCGGACCCUCCUCGCGGAUGCGUCGCACGGGUUCCGGCAGCUCGAACUCAAGUGAGACCUCGGCCAGCGUCGGUCGCACCGCGAGCUCCUCGAACCUCCUGGCGGGGAUCCUCCCGGCAUCCAAAUGGCGAUUCUUACGCCAUCUCGGCCUGCCGGACAACGCUCUGACCGCUCUCACCGCCGCCAGCCUUGCCCCCGUGGCCAACACCCUGCACUCGCUCGACCUGUCGGCCAACCUGUUUGCCGAGGUGCCGGACAGUCUUGCCUCCCUGGUCGCCCUGCGCGCCCUCAACCUCUCUCAUUGCAUGAUCGACUCGCUGCACUCGCUGUCUCACAACCCCCUACCCGCCAUCACCGCCCUCAAUCUGCGCGCCAACCGCCUGCGCUCCCUCGCCGGCAUCGAGCGUCUGCUCUCCCUCGAGCGUCUCGAUCUGCGCGACAAUGGGCUCGCCGACCCCACCGAGAUCGCCCGCCUCACCAGCCUACCCGAGAUCCGUGAGAUUUGGGUCGCCGGAAACCCCUUUGUCAAGACCCACCCCAACUACCGCGUCACCAUCUUCAACCUCUUCCGACGCACCCCGGGCUAUUCCGAGGACAUCAUCAUCGACGGCUCCGGUCCGGGCUACACCGAGCGGAAGCAGCUGAUUGACCGUGUCGCCGAGCCCGAGAGCGCUCCCGUCAUUCGUCCCGUCCCGACCGAGGAGCCAGCCGCCGUCAUCAUCAAAUCAGUGACGGCCCUGGCUCCUUCUCCCCCUGCUCCUCCUCCCCCUCAUCCUCCUCCGAAGGAUGGCGAUCAUGAUGGAACGGUGAAAGGGAAGCCUCCGGCUACUGAGGUCGGAACGGCCACCCGCCGCAAGAAGCCCGUCCGCCGGAAAAUCGUUGACCUGUCGCUGGAUUCCACGACCGGCAGCACCGACCUCGGCGCCUCGCGCACGGCAGGCGCCCCGAUCCCCCCCGUGCAGAUCAUCAACCUCCCUGCCGACCCGUUUACCGAGUCGUCGUCGCGGGAUCGCGCCUGGCCACUCGCAAACCACUCGUUGCUCCUGGAACUGCCCCCCACGGCCGUCCCGCCGGCGCCCGCGCUGCCGGUCCCGGCCCCGUCAUCGCUACUGCAUCUCACCUCUCCCACGAUGCUGCAGUCUCCGCUGCCGGCGGACACGGACUGGCCCGCUGUCCAUAGCGACCUGUACCGGCAGAAGCUGGCGGCGGCGCUGCAGCAUGAGGUCGGCAGCAGCUGGUUGACGGUGCUGAGUGACCAGACGUGGGACAGUGCGUUCAAAGACAUUCACGUCCACCCGGCGGCAUUCAGCCCGUGCAUCCAGGCCAGUCCGGUCUCGGGGGCGAACAGUUGA